CUCAUCAUGCAUCGUGACGCAUGGAACAGCAGGCCCGGGUCUCCCCAACCCCCCACCCCCCAAUCCUCUCCAUAAAUAGUCACCCGCGCACUUACCUCGACUCACACAGCAUCACUCAGCUCACGGGCACCGGGGUGGCUCAUCCUGCUUGGCCGUUCCAUUCGUACUCAGCCAGCCAGCCAGCCACGUAAGCAGGGAUCGUCAGUCAAGUGGAGAGACAGGCGGCUUGGUCAGACAGCCGGUCAAAUAAACACAGUGGUCAGACAGCCUGUCAAGUUGACAGCUGGUCAGGAAUCCAGUCAAUCAGCUGGUCAGACUGCCAGUCACUCGAUCAGCCAGCCACUUAGACAGAUAGACAAACAAGCGUCCAGACAGACAGCCAGUCAGCGGAGUCUCAUACAUCCCCACGGUGUUCUUACCACGUGUGCAUGCGUGGUGGUGUUGGUGGUGGCUGCUGAUCGUGGCUUGCGCAACGGCGAAACUCACCGGCUGCAAGGUCGUUAACGUCAGCUCGCCUCCUACGUCAGCAGGAUGACGCUCAACGUGGCCGAGCCUGCCCCGACGCCGAAGAGCGCCGGCGGCCCGCAGCUGCCCCCGCGCCACGCGGCCCCCACAGCCGCCGCAACCGGCGCCCGCCUCGACGUCCCGCCGCGGAGGCUGCGCUCGGCGCAGGGCACCGGGAUGCGGCCCCGGGCUCGGCGCGCCGUCGCCGGAGGAGCCGGAGGAGUUGGAGCACGGGCGCCAGCAGGCGCGGGCGGCGAUAGCGGCGCACAGCGGCCCAGGUGGUCGACCGAUUCGGCCGACUCGCUGCUGUCAAACUCAUCCGGGGCGAGCGAGGGCAGCGCCAGCCCCGAGCUCACCGUGGCUCCUUGUCGCCUCGCCCGGCAGUUCCAGCCGCCGCCGCCGCAUCUGCCGUCUUACAGGGCCAUGCUUCUGGGCGAGCCGGGCGUCGGCAAGUCCACCCUGGCUCGCAUCUUCGGUGGCGUCGAGGAUGACUACGACGCCGAUUUCGCCGUGGAGGACUACUACCAGCGCAGCGUGGUGGUGGACGGCGAGGAGACCACGCUCGCCCUGCUCGAGUUCUGUGGCCAGGCGGGCGAGGAGUGGCUGGACGACGAGUUGGCCCACGCCGGAGACGCCUACAUCAUCGUGUACUCCAUCGCGGAGCGCGCGAGCUUCGAACGCGCGGCCGAGAUGCGCAUCCAGGUGCGCAAGGCGCGGCAGGCGGACGACGUCCCCAUCAUCCUCGUGGGCAACAAGAGUGACCUCGUCCGCUCGCGGGAGGUCAGCGUGGACGAGGGCCGCGCAUGCGCCGCCGUCUUCGACUGCAAGUUCAUCGAGACGUCGGCGGCGCUGCAGCACAACGUGCGCGAGCUCUACCACGGCGUCGUGCGACAGCUGCGCCUGCGGCGACGGCGAGGCGACCUGGAGCGCGAGCGCCGGGACGAAGCCGGCCGCCUCCUCCGCCCAUCCGGCCUCCUCUCCUCCUCCUCCUGCGCCUCCGCCUCGUCCUCCUCCGCCUCCUCCUCCUCCUCCUCGUCAUCGUCGGCGGGGUCCGCGCCGUCCUCGGCCGGGGCCGUCUCGUCCUCCGCCUGCCCGCGCCACCACCCCUCGUGCCACCACCACCGCUACGCGCGGCGCAAGGAGAGCCUCACGAAGCGCGCGUGGCGCAUCCUCAGCCGCUUCAUGGUGGCGCGCGGCGCCGGGAGGCUGGCCUUCCGCGUCAAGUCCAAGUCGUGCCACGACCUCUCCGUGCUGUGAGCGAGGCGGCGCUGGAUGCGCAUCCAAAGGUGGUCGGUGGUGGUGGCGGGGGGGGGGAGACUCGGUGCCCUCGCUUGAACUUGUGAAAGGACAGACAAACCUCGCGCGAAACCUCCUGCUUCAGCCACGACCGCGUUACGGGAUGCGCCGGCUCAUUUCUCUCGCUCCCUCCCUUCAUCCCUCACCACCCCCCCCCCCACCCUCCCCAUGCCUUCUGCCACACAAAUAUCCGUCUCUCUGCCAUUGUCGUGACAGCGCAAUGGAUGGAAAAAUACAGGAGUCUCUUCUUUUUAUUUUCAUUUGAUUCUGAUCGGUGUCCCGAAGCGCAAACCCGUUGGGUUUCGAGCGACUGCGUCGUGGUCACCGCAGCGUGCUGCACCGUGGCAAAGGUACGGCGUCGCCUAAGCAAGUCGGGGGCAAUUGAUUCGCCUCGCUUGUCAGCCAGGCACGUAAAACCAUUACUGCAUCAGGUAUGCAAUUUGGCUGUACGGCCCAACUACAUUUCAAUUGCACCCAACGUGUGACAAUGGACAGAAUGUCGCAGCCUUUUUUGCAAACACUCGUGUUGUUUAAGCCACGCGUGUAACCCGGACUUGCGCAAGUGAAACCCCACCCCUUUCUGCCGCAAAAUUGACAAUUUACGAGGAUUCGUUUUGAAUGUAGCACCCCGUGUAUGCCGGCGCUUCUCACAUCGCUCAACGUCACAGCUGAAUAAAUCGAAGGGGCACCCCCGGCGGCAGCUGCCCCUGCGCGGCACAAAGCGACUUGGCAGUCGGCCUGCAAAACGGGCAUCAGUCUGCCAGUGCCAGUCGGAGGGGCGGGGGCGAUGUCUUGCUGUGGAUAAUCACGAUUGAGUAAUCUGCGCGUCAUUUUCAAAUUUGGACACGCAAUGGCCUACUCUCGCGAACGGCGUCAGGGGAUUUCGAACGUUCACUGUGAAGCAGAUGGCGCGUUGUGCUGCUACGGUUGUUGCACAGUGCAGCGAUAACCAGGGCGGCCGCUGGAUUUCGAACCGUGAACCUCUGCAACAAGCGGCGAUUGGGAGUGCUUGUCUCAUGAUUAGAACGUCAUGAAUUAAAAUGCUAGUUGGGGGGUUAUGCUACCCCCAUCAUCCCCCUGGGAUCAACACAAUUAGUACCGAUGUGUGUAAAUAGUGAUUGUUUCAACGAAUAGACUGAUCCCUGCCAUGGCAAUGUGAAGUUUCCAUUAAUGGGCUCAGGCCACCAGUCGACAGCAGUACUGACCAAAAUAGAAUUUUGUGCAGGAGGGGGGAGGGGGGGUGGAGAGACACCUCGACUUGGCUGGAAAAGAAUAAAACCCUAAAUUAUUGUCACUCAUUGUUAUGAUGUUCAAUUGCAAGCUCGGGAGGGCAUUUCCUGCAGGACGACAGUGAGUGGCUUUAGACAAAGUUGUCGGUCAUCCACAGCUUCCAAAAUCAUAUUUUACAUUUUUACAAAAUUUAUAUUUCAGAAAGCCCCUUUUAAUCGGUGCUGUUGUUUUUCAGCAGCGAGUGCUGGAAAGACAAAGGUCUGUGCGAAGAGGUUAACACUCUUUUUUGACACCUUUACCAGAAUGUUUCUUAACGGACCUGCGCUUCAUUCACGUGAAUGUCAGCCGCCACCUCUGCGUCUUGCAUCCUGGAUAUUGUCACCGCUGGUUGACGGCGAAGUGGCUCCCUCUCGCUUUCUCCUGCCGGAGAAUUAUGAGCAGACGUAUUGAGGGCACAUGUAAUUUAUGGUAUGCCUGGGGUACCCCCCCCCCCUCUCUGUCUCCAGUCUCAUACGAAGUGGCUCUUUCUCCCUACGGACAAGGAUUACCAUGACAAAUGGGCACUUCGUUCACAAAGCGCCGUUUCUUUCAGCAUCACGAUGCACUUAAUAUUCGCACAGCGUCAAACCAAAACACGAUUCGUAUUUCGAGUGUUUCCCUGCUCAAUCGAGGCGAGACCCAUCUGUGUCCCGCGGCCUUGACUCAGCAGUGGGAUAUCUACAUUACUUUGGGAGGGGCCAGUCUCUCCAUGGGACAUGCAAUUAAUUUCAAGUGGCACUCUUCUAUCCUGGAGUUAACCCCUAAACGUGAUUUGAAUUCCUUAACCGUCUAAAUGUGAGUCAAGCAGUCUAACCCCGUGCCACGUGGCCAGAUGAACCCAUACACUUCACCAUUGAUAGACUUUAGUUACAUUUAAAAAAAUAUGGUUUCUGCUUACGUUUCAGAUAAUGUUGUUUUUGUUGGUUCCAUCUCAUCAGCAUGCCGCACAAACACGUAACAGUGAGAGUGACGUGUCAUUUCACUUUAAUCAUUACAACAGUGACGCGCGACUCUCGGACUAAGCGACAGUUUCUCACCUUGGCUUGACCGACGCCAAACCGAAGAGCCACGGGGCUACUGCUGCUAAAACUAAACUAAGCUAUUUUAAUUUUACUAGGUAAUGCCCACGGAACGAUAUAGCUCUUUUCAGAAGCCACCUGGCCACAGACGAUAGCUCAACGAAGCGGCUUAUCGCGUGGAAAUGUAUAGAGCAGCCAAAUACUCUAAAAGGCGUGUUUCUACAUCGGGAGGGAAAAAAACCCGGAGGGUCCGGAGAAAAGCCCACGCGACUCACGGGGAGAACACGCAAACUCCAAAUAUACAGCAGGCUUCAGGGUCGGGAUUGGGAUCGAACCCACGACGUCCUGUAUACCAGGCGAGGUAGUUAACAUCUCCUAGCCACGGCGCUGCUGCUGCUGCUGCCGCUGUGGCUCAAUAUGCAACGGUGCGACGGCGGAGCGGAGCGGGGUGGCCACUCCGCGUCACCGCGUACGAUAUCUCCUUUCUGUGUGGCUGUGCCGCUAUGGAUAUGGCGCAUUAAUAAUUGAUCGGCAGACACGUAUGAAUGGUCGCAAUGAAAACACAACAUUCGAUACGCCCCUGAGAGUGUUGCGGGUUUAUGCAUUGCGUGCAGGGUUGAAACCGUUUGCCUUAUUGCAGUACAUGUACAUAGUGUACACAAACACACCUACAUGCUUUAAAAGUUAGAUUUUAUAUUUAACUGUAUGAACAAAUAUUCCUCAAGAGUUUUCUAAGAGUUGUAGGUUCUGAUCUGCCGCUUAUACCUAUGCUGUGUGUGUGUGAACACCUAACGAUAUAUUGAUUGAUGCAGAGGUCCGUUGGAUUGUUUUGACUCCAAUUGGAAAUAAACCGUUUUAUAAGCGUG